AGUUCACAUCUGACUUCAUUUUUCCCAGCAAAUGACAAUGUCACAGCCCAUAAAGUCUGAAUUUUAGCAAGAUUAUACAGUAAUUUUCGUCAAAUUACUGACCGAAGAGUAGUUUUAGUGUCCAACAUCGAUUAAUUAAAGAUGGCGGAAUUUGAAUAUUCAUCCAACUAUGCUCCGGAUCCCCUGACGUCAUCGUAUGAUCCUAACUUCACGGCAGACAUCAGCAACAAGAUGCGUAUCCCGCCCACGUUGGGGGUAGAUGGUGACAGUGACCGCCCUUGGGCAUCUCAGAGUAAUACUCGUCAAUCCAUGGGAGAAUCACAAGCUAGUAUGCAGGUGCCUGAGAGGAUACUAUUGGCAGGCUAUGACCAACACAUUGGCGUACAGGACCGAGAGCGCAAUCUACAUUUAGAUUUAGUACCAGAAGUACCUGUAUCGUAUCAUGUCGGUCUGUCAACGCCUCCGCGAGUCCUGACAGUUGAAGACACCAAGUUCCCACAAGUUGAAGAAGAAUUAGAUCGAUCCAUGGACAAGACGAUGAAUAUAUCGCUAGUGAACGGAAUGGUUUCUAUGGAUGACGUUAAGAGAAGUUUGACUCCACCUUUACCCUUCACCCCUGGGAUGACCCCAAGUGACGCGCUAGUUGGACAAGGUGACAGUGAGGGCGAUAAAAUCCACCGACGGAUUGCGACGCUGCACCGUCACGUGAUACAUUUGGAGCGUGAAAAUCAUCGGCGGUCGCAACGAGAAAUGAUCCUGUACCCGGCGGUGGUUUUAUAUUUUGUAUUCCAAUUAGGAAAGUGGUUUAUGAGCAGAAAUUGAUGGAUUAUGUAAAGGCUACAUUGGGGAAACGGAACAUUUUUUGGAGGGUUUCUUCAACGGGUACAUUGUACCUUAUGGUAAACAAAUAUAUUUCAAGGACAGCAUGGGCGGAAUAUGGCUUGUCCUUACGCUGGUAGGUCGGUUUGCAUCACAUCAGAAGCCAGGGACGAUACUGCUAGUACUGAUACCAAGAGUGGAGACAGAUUUGGAGCAUGCUGUCAGAGUUGUUAAUCUUCUAUGCAUGAUGAUGCUUGAAAACUGAUAUGGGCACAAUUGGCUGAAGCACAAUGUCGGAUUCCCUGGUAUGUGUUCCACAGAUAAUUCAUAGAUAGUGGGAAUGUUACAAAGAAUAGUUAUAUAUUUCAAGAAUUUAAUGAGGCAUAAAUGAAAGAAUCGGGUAGUAAUUCUGUGUUGUUAUGGUUGUGGGCGGUCCUAUGCUUGACUGGGGAAAGCGUGACCUUAGAAAGGUUCCGAUAAGGUGUUCAUUGUCCAGGCUUGGGACAUAGUCAACAGACUCAGCACUAAUAUUAUUCUUGUUUAAAUUCCUAUCUGUCUAGUUGUUGUGAUCAAUAAUUAUUGUAAUGUUUAUUUAUAAUGAAACAUGACUGUAUAGAAAAAUAAACAAGACUUAACUU